ACGCCAUAGAAGCGAGGCCAGGAAAUGAAGAGGAAGAACCGCACAAGAGGCCGGCAACGCGUGAUCACGCUCGAGCACGAGCUCCGAACGAAGAAGAACGAGUGGCCCUCGUCUGCGGCGGUCGUAUACCGUGCCGCGAAGAUCUGCCGCGACUUGCGUGGGCCGGAUACGUCACAAUCAUGGACAUUAGCAGCAGAGACAGCGUGAUUGUCGUCGCCACCUUCUGCUGCGUCAACAAUUUCGUGGUAUUUCUGGUACACGUGUUCCCACCUGAAGGCACCUUCAACAACAGGGAACCAGGUCAUAUGGUCUACAUCAUCGGCGUGAAGACUUUCGAGAGCGCAGUCAGCGUGAUUGUGGAUAUCAUGACCAUCAUAGGAGUGUGGGACAUGGACAGGCGUACUACUGCUCCCCGUAAACACGCACAAGGAUACCGCCAAAAGUUGAUUGCUCACCUGAAGGAACCAAAACGUGCGCUGCUCCUCUUCAUUAUUUGGUCUGUCACCACGGCACCGGCGAGCGUUGGCACCGACAUGGUCUACAAUUACCACACUAGCGAGAGCAGGGAGAUGUUCAUAAUGAACGCUGUGAUCCGAUGCGCAAUUGAAGCGGCUAAGUUCUACGUGCUGUACCGUUUCUACCGGCUCUACAAUCGGCUGGGCGCCGAACAGCUGCCCAUUGUCGUCGAAGGAGCCACGGAGCUCACAUCUCCCGCUGUCAUGGCGCUGACCGCAAUUAGCGGCGGCAGCGGAACGACGGGCGCCGAGGCGACGGAGUCGAGGACUGGAGCGGCACACUUCAGACGACGCACACCUUACGGCGCAGGAUCUGUGCCGAGGAAGAGCAUAAUGGCCACCGACGCUGCAUCCGAAGACCAGAACCUCCGCGGCCAAGGGAGCACCUCGGUGACACAGCGCCGUCAUUCAUACCGCGCUGAGCGCCGCGGCACUACUAGUAAUCUUAACGAUAUCGGUCAGGACGCAAGCGCUGUUACCGAUGGUGGUGGUGGUGGUCCCAAGCAGGACGUCGAGCACCAAGCCUCAUACGAAUCAGCUUGCAAGGCGGCCCCCGUCAGGCACGGCUCGCGCAAGCAGUCGUACGAGUUUGGCGGUGGUACUCCUAGUCCGGCCCGUGCACUGGGCGGGAAACGUGCACUACCGGAGCGCAGGUCCGGUCGCCGCCUGUCAAUCAUGUCUCCGACGGGCACGGCACAGGUGGCGAACGCACUGCAGCCCGUGCCAGAGGCGGAACCGUUGGCUCAUGGCAACGUCUCCACAGCGUCGUCUUCCCCACCGUCCCCGUCGGCUCGCUCCAUUCUGCGAAACCAGCAGGAUAGGUCCCCGCGGCGCUACCAGAAGCAACACCACAAGACCGGGGAGGAAGAGCACGUUCCCGAGUGUCGAGAAGACGCUUCCCAUCUCGCGACUGCCGAAGCCGCUGAACGCACGGCAGGGGCAGAGCGGCCCCAAGCCCUGCGGCGACAAGGACGCGGAGGCCACCGGCGCAUGACGUCGGCCUCGCCAUCGGCCAGCACCGGCUCGACGCCCUCGGCUUCGCCGGACAUGUCCGCGCCGGCCACGGAAGGCAUGACGCCGCACGAGGAGUCCACUAUGACGACGACGACGAUGACGAGGAGGGAGAAGGGCAAGUCAAAGAGGACUUCGAGGCAUCGGUCGCGUUCCGGCGACAAGUCCAAGACUAAGCCCAAUUCUUCAAAGAAACCUCCGCAUACGUCGUCGAAAAAGAAUUCUCCUAAGAUGCUUUCGUUCACGUCGUCAGCGGAGUCGCCUAUGAGGUCAUCAGCAGACGAGUUUCCAAAUAAGCAGUAGAAAAGGUAGUCUCGGUGUCUCAUCG